AAUCGGCAGCAGGAGCGCCGAACGGAGCCAUAUGCACCACAGCAUGGAGCGCAGGAGGAGCAGGACCCCGAAGACUCUGCCAGUCUGUUGGAUGCUGCUGUGCCUGGUGGCCUGGACUUUGGCGGAUGACUGGUCGCUGAGCUGCGCCUCCAACUGCACCUGCAAGUGGACCAAUGGAAAGAAGUCGGCCAUCUGCAGUUCCUUGCAGCUGACCACCAUUCCGAACACCCUGAGCACGGAACUGCAGGUGCUGGUGCUGAAUGACAACCACAUACCUUAUCUCAACCGGGAGGAGUUCUUCACCCUGGGCCUGCUGAACCUGCAGCGCAUUUACCUCAAGAAGUCCGAGGUGCAUUACAUACACAAGGAGUCGUUUCGAAAUCUCAAGAUCCUGGUGGAGAUCGACUUGUCGGACAACAAGCUGGAAAUGCUGGACAAGGACACAUUCAUGGGCAACGAUCGUCUGCGGAUACUGUAUCUGAAUGGGAAUCCCCUCAAGCGCCUGGCCGCCUAUCAGUUUCCCAUACUGCCCCACCUGCGCACCUUGGACAUGCACGACUGCCUGAUCUCCUACAUUGAUCCCAUGUCCCUGGCCAAUCUCAAUCUGCUGGAGUUCCUCAACCUGAAGAACAACCUGCUGGAGAGCCUGAGCGAGUACGUCUUCCAGCACAUGAACAACUUAAAGACGCUCUCGCUGGAGGAAAAUCCCUGGCAGUGCAACUGCAAGUUGCGAAAGUUCAGGGGUUGGUAUGUCACCAGUCGCCUGAGUUCGGUGAGUCUGGUGUGCAAAGGACCGCCGGCUCAGAAGGAUCGCUCCUGGGAUAGCGUGGAUGAUGAGCUCUUCGGCUGUCCUCCGAGAGUGGAGAUCUUCAACAACGAGGAGGUGCACAACAUUGAUAUCGGCAGUAAUACCACCUUCAGUUGCCUGGUCUAUGGUGAUCCUUUGCCAGAGGUCGCCUGGGAACUGAACGGAAAGAUCUUGGACAACGACAACGUGCUCUUCGACUCGGAGAGCAUCGCGUCAGACAAGCUGUGGAGCAAUCUCACCGUAUUCAACGUGACUAGUCUGGAUGCUGGCACCUACGCCUGCACGGGCUCGAAUGCCAUCGGUAGCAUGACCCAGAACAUCAGCAUCUACCUCAGCGAGAUCGUUCAGCAUGUCCUGGAGAAGACACCUGAGACGUUCUGGUACUUCGGCCUCAUCAUGGGAAUCUUCGGCACCGUCUUUCUGCUGAUCUCUAUCUCGUUUGUGGUGUGUCUGUGCAAACGCACCACCCGGCAGCAUAGGCAUGCCAACAAGGCGGGUGUGAAGUCCAGCGUGAGCUUUAAUGAUCAGGAAAAGAAGCUGCUGGACUCAAGUGUUACCACAACCACCAAUGAUCGAGGCGACAGCUACGGCAUCGACAACCAGCCCACCUCCCACAUGGGCCUGAACAAGGCGGACUCGGCCGGCAUGGGCUUUAACCAGAUCGAGAUCCAUGCUGUGGAGAGCCAUCGCCAUGGCAGCAUGUUGGUGCAGCAGCAGCCGCAGCAGCAGCAGGUGGCCGGAGGUUCUGGCAUGCGGCAGCAACUGAUGCAGGUCAAGGAUCCCACCUGCGGCGGCAUGAUGAGUGUGCCCACCUCGAUGGCUGGCCACGCCCACUCGCAUCCUGCCCAGAUCUCCGAGGAGUUUCCGCUUAACGUGGGCGUUUUUCCACCGCCACCAGAGUUCUGUUCGAACAUAGUACCGAAUCCUGCCUUCGGGGGCAACAUUUUCAUUCGUGUAUCUGUUACCCAGGACAUGUUGGAUGGUGCGGACCUGAACAUGUAUCCGGAUCUGCUGAAUAUUCCCAAGAGGAUGCAGGAUGUGCAGGAGACGGGUGCCGGUACGGUGGCCGUGCCAGAGGGUCAGUUUGCUACGUUACCCAGGCAUACAGCCAGAAGGGGUAUACUGAAAAAGGACACCUCUCUGCAGCAGCAGCAGCAGCAACAUCAGCAACAUCAGCAGCAGCAACAUCAGCAACACCUGCAACUUCAACAACAUCAGCAAUCCGGACUCUAUACUCAUGACGAAAUCGUGACCUACAACCUGGAGGCCAGUGGCUAUGACCCCCACCAGUCGGCGUACCACAGCAAUGCCAUGGAGCUGCCACCGCCCCCGCCGCCGCCCGCCGUCACAGCGGUGGUGCAGUGCCACCACCCGAGUCCUAGCAACUGUGCCAGCUGCAUCAACAGCACUUCGCCGCAGCCAUCCGCCUGCCAAUCGCCGUCGCCCAUGGAGGUCACGCCCAUGCGACCGCUGGAGAGUUCCGCGUAUCCCAAGUACGACAACAUGGGACGAAGGAUCACCGCCAGCGGCGGACUGGGUGCAUCCACCCUUUCCCUGCCCGACGAAGAGCGGUACGAGAACGAGACGCUCUUCGGCCAGGCGGAGGCUCAGUCCAAGGGAAUCGCGGAGCAGGCGCAGGAUCUCCACCAGCCGCAGGAGGCGACUCAGGGCCAGGACAAGGGCGGCGGUCCUGGCGAGUUCGUGUCGCUCUAGUAUUACGGCACCCAGGUGUAAAUAGGUCAAUAGAUUCGUGUCCCAAUCGUUUGGUUCAUAUCAGUUUGAGAAGCGAGUGCCCAAAAUGAAAAUAUGUAAAUGUAAGAACCACGCAAUCUAUUGACUGCAUCACAGCAUCCUGGAGCACUAGAAACCAAAGAGCAAUUCACUCAAAUUCAAAAGGAUGUAUUGCCAGGCCUGUUUGUGCUUUCUUGUAAAAGGAUUUUUCAUUUUUUAAUUACCGAACCCUGAAAAUUGGCUCCAUGUAUGUAUUAUUUGUUUAUUAUUAUUUUAUUAUAUAACUAAAUGAUUUAUGGAUUUAUAUUUAUAAUUUAUAUUAAUAUACUUUAUUUUUUGUUGUUGUGAAACCAAGAAACCACUUAAUAUUAAUCCGAAAUCAAACAAAAUUUGUGAAAUUAAAAACCCAAUUGUUACUGGCAGAAAACUCCAAUCAAAAUCAGAGAAUUUAAGAAUGUUAAGUUAACAGCGAGGCAAGCACAGAUUACAUAUGUUUUCCAUUCGGAUCGCACUCUCAGACUAGAUACCUUUAAAGAAAAUACUUCCAAGAUUUAUAGCGUACUUCAUUAGAGAUCUUUAUACUGUCCCAAUCCUAGCUAGCAUUCGAUAUUAGUCCACUUGAUGUCUGUACAUUAAUAGAGAUCGAUAGCGAUGUAUUCUAGCAGGUAUAGCGACCAAAACUGAUCUUCAUAAAGUGUAUAGUACGAGCAACCGCAUAUUAUUGGAUCCAAAGCUGGUCUAGUCUUAGACAUAUUGCUUCUGGGGUGCUAGAGUUUUAGUGAAAGUAUCUAUUUACGUUUAAGAGAUCAGUCACUGAAUAGGAUUAGAAUAGGUUUUUGAUGAAACCAGAUACAUAAACAAUGAUAUCUCUAGAUAUGCAUGUAUACAAAAUGUUAGCAAGAUCUAUUAGGACCCAUAUACAUAUACGCCCAUAUAACCAUCUUCGAUGUGCAAUGGAUAUAUAAAUACAUUAUCUAGUUUUUAGCCCCAUAAAAAAGUUCCUUUCUUGUACAUAUGUAAAUGUUUUACUAAUUGCUUAGAGACUUUUAAAUCAAAGUAAUAUUAUGCUCAAUAACCUCAAAAGUAUCGCAUAUACACAAACUCAUGCCAACGUUUUUAAAGUCUGUUUUAACCUGUUAGGGCUAUUUUUGAUUAUAAAACCGUAGGAUUUGCUGAACACUUAGUACCUUUGAUUUAGUCAAUCUUAAAUUUAGACCACUCUUAUUCGGGCAAACAGAAUAGAACAUUUUCGGUUUGUCAAUCGCCCCAAUUUUCCACUCGAAAUCCUGUAAGUAGACCAAAGAUAAGUCUAGUACACUAUCUAUAUAAAUAUCUGCAUACGUUUGUACUUGUGUGUAAUCUGAAUGUAGAAUGAAAUGAAUUACAAAUACGACCUAAGCGAGGCUAUAUCGAUGUGUAUAUCUUAUAUAUAGUAUAUAUGUUUGAACAUUUAUCGAGAUCUAUGAAGAGGAGAGAGCACACAAGAACAGAGGCCGCAUUAAAUGGAUUUUUUGUGUCUGUAGAAAGUUUCAAAUUCGAGCUUGGUAAUGUAAAAUGUAAGCUAUAGAAGUCAAUAUAAGUACACGAUAAAUUCAACUUACAUGACCACGCCCACUCACCGCCCCUCUGCAUUAUGAAUGUGUGUGUGUGUGUUUGAUUGUGUGCGGAAUAAUUAAACACAUGAAUGCAAUGAAUUACUAUAAUAAUUAUGGAAAAGUAUGCUGGCAAAUAUUUGCACAACGUCCAUGAGAUUUUUACCCCUUCACCCCGUAGUUACCCCUUUUAUUUGUUUUAUCGCUGUUGCUGUUUAAUGUGUGCCGAGUGCCGAGCGAAGGGAUUUUUGUAUUUUGGUAUUAUGAACUGAACCAGUGCAAAUUUGCACAGCGCACACAAAACACGGCAAACAGAACAUUCUAGUUUUUACCGAAUUCCCCCCGUUUUAUCUGCGUACCUCAUUUUUGACAGCGCAGAAUGAAUGAUUCAAUUAAAGCAUUAUUUGUCCGUUUUAAUGGACAUAGGAUCUGAUCCUGAAACUGAAACUGAUAGGAGAACCCUGUACAUAGGCCAUUUUAAUUACAUCAUACUCGCGCAGACAGAGGCAAUAUUUUAUUCAUUUUAAAUCGUUUUAACUAAUUAAAACCAAAUGGAAACCGCGAACAGAGCGAGAGCAAAAGACAAGUGUAAACACGCAAAUAGAGUAAUGGUAAUGAAAAAUGAGAGCCCAGCAACUAGAGGAAAUUUAAACUAUGCUUUUAACUACGUUUCCCAUUUCCCACGACUGCCACGCGUUUUUCCGCACGGAACGUAACUAUGAUUUUAAUUACUCUUCUUGAACGCAAAUGAAAGGCACACACAGAUCCAGAUACCUAGACGCCAAAUGUAUCUGCGUAUCUGGAUCUGCAUCUCUGUUCGGUGCAAGUGGCAUGCAUUGAAGGGAAAAGCGAAAAAGCGGUAAAAAUUAACUUUUUAUGAGCGCUGCGAAGUGCCAAAAAAAAUUUAAUUCGAAUGAUGAAUAGUAGAAACAAGUUUUGUACAAUACCAUAACAAACGCAUUGCAUAUUGAAUUUUAACUUGAAUUCCAUUCAAAAGCUGAAAUUAGCCAAAUCCUACCAGCCACACAGAAUCCAUCACGAAUUCAUGCACACUUGAAUACUUGUCGUAUACGCAUUUAUAAAUACAAAACAUCACGACAGGACAGUUGGCGGCAGGACACACGGAUACGGACACGAACAUGACAGACCGGAAAAAGUGAACAUUUAACAAACAAUAUAACCGAGAAUACAUUGUAAUAGCAUUAAUAGAUUGUCAAGCUUUAUUACACACUAUAUUAACAUAGAUGGAAUAAUAAUAAUUAUUAUUAUUACAGUAAUAAUACGAGUAACAAACGAACACAAAGAGAAAUAUGAAUAAAUUUAAUAAAACCAAAAA